AUGUCCUGGUGCUCAGCCAGCCUCCCUCUGAAAACAAGGGUGUUGGGUGCGGUGAUUCCCCCUGAUGUUAUUGGGCAGCAGCAGGCUCUGAUGCUGGAGGAGGCCAGCCGGGGCCCGGGGCGGGGCGCGGACGCGCUGCGCAGCUGGCCCGCGCUGGCUCCGGCAUGGCCUGGCCGGGCCGCCUCGAGCCGGCCGGGGGGCGGCGCCGCGCGGCGCGAACGGCGGAGCGGGGCCGGGGCCUGGCAACGGGCGGGGCUGGCGGGGCCGGCUGUCGAGCGGGAGCGGACGCGGCGGCGGCCGGGCCGGGGCCGGGCCGCUCUACAGGCAGCGAGGCGCGACUCGAGUCGCGGACGAGGACGAGUGGCGGCAGCGGCGACGCCUGGCCUGAAGCGGAGCCUGGCGGACGUGGAGCUGGGUGGUGUGUACGGUGGGCCGUGCGUGGCGGCGGCGGCCGCGGGCUACGGCGGGGUGAGCGGGGCCGUGAGCGGGGCCAAGCCCGGCAAGAAGACCCGGGGCCGGGUCAAGAUCAAGAUGGAAUUUAUCGACAACAAGCUGCGGCGCUACACCACGUUCAGCAAGCGGAAAACCGGCAUCAUGAAGAAGGCCUAUGAGCUCUCCACCCUGACGGGCACUCAGGUGCUGCUGCUGGUUGCCAGAGAGACGGGCCAUGUGUACACGUUUGCCACGCGGAAGCUGCAGCCCAUGAUCACCAGCGAGACGGGGAAGGCGCUGAUCCAGACAUGCCUGAACUCCCCGGACUCACCCCCCCGGUCCGACCCCACCACCGACCAGCGCAUGAGUGCCACGGGCUUCGAGGAGACCGACCUCACCUACCAGGUCUCGGAGUCCGACAGCAGCGGCGAGACGAAGGACUCGCUGAAGCCUGCGUUCACAGUUACCAACUUGCCAGGGACGACGUCGGCCAUCCAGACCGUGCCCACCACCUCCACGUCAAUGCAGGUCAGCAGCGGCCCCUCCUACCCGAUCACCAACUACCUAGCGCCCGUCUCUGCCAGCGUCAGCCCCAACACCGUCACCAGCGCCAACGGGACUGUGCUCAAAACCACAGGCACCAGCGCCGUGGCCUCCGGAGGGCUCAUGCAGCUCCCCAGCGGCUUCACUCUCAUGCCAGGCGCUUCGCUUCCUCCUGGGACCCCUACCAUUCCUCUUGCCCAGUUACAGCCGCACUCGCUGGCGCUUUCCAGCCAGCAGGGCCAGGCGGUCGCGGGCACAGCUGGACAGCUGCAGCAGGCACAGCAGACAGUCUUCCGCUUCCCCGCCACAGCUGGAGGGCAGAUUGUGUCUCUGACAGGCGGCACCGUGACGCAGCAGGUUCCCGUGCAGGCCAUCCAGGUACAUCAGGCCCCACAGCAAACGUCUCCAUCCAGCGACAGCAGCACUGACCUCGCCCAGACCUCUUCCAGUGGAACAGUGACGCUGCCAGCGACGAUCAUGACUUCGUCUGUGCCAACCACAGUGGGAGGUCACAUGAUGUACCCCAGCCCUCACGCCGUGAUGUAUGCGCCCACCUCAGGCCUGGCGGACGGGGGUUUGACCGUCCUCAAUGCCUUCUCCCAGGCGUCCUCGGCAAUGCAGGUCUCCCACGGACAGGUCCAGGAUCAGGGUGCUGUCCCCCAGGUGUUCCUGACGGCCCCAUCGGGCACUGUUCAGAUUCCGGUCUCAGCCGUCCAGCUUCACCAGAUGGCUGUCAUUGGCCAGCAGUCCAGCAGCAGCAGCAACUUGACCGAGCUGCAGGUGGUGAACUUGGACACGUCCCAUGGCGCCAAGAGUGACUGAGAGGCCCUGUGGUGCCCCGGCCCAGGAACUGCGGCAGCUGCUGCCAGCCGGGUGCCAUCUCUGGCCUUGCCAGCGCCGGGAUCGGCGGCGAUUUCCUCUCGUACGGACUGCGUCACUUAUUUAUUGUUGCCUUUUCACGUUUCCUUCACACACACACACGCACGCACGCACACACGGGGCGCGGGAUGGAGCUGAGCCGGGGCUGAGCUGCGCUGGGACGCUGCGUUUCCUGUGCUUUUCUCACUCCAGCCAAAGAAACUCAGCCCUCGAGGGCAGGGCUCCCCCGCCGUGUCAGUAAACAGCCUGGUGUCCGCCCCGGCUCCUUGCCAUCGGACUGGGCGUCUCCAGCUGCUGUUGGCCAGGAGUAUUUGCACCGAGCAGGGCACGGGCUCAGCGACUCGACGGGAGCAGCCCCCACCGAAGAAGUCUCUUCCCAGGUCCAGGUCUCAUUCCCCUCUGCCCAUGUGCCAGGGAGGGGUGGGGCAGGUCCAGGCAGUGUGCCUUCAGCAUAGCCCAGCAGCAGGCGCCCUCCUGCAGACAGCAAGCUGCUCCAGGGGGCUCCCAGGCUGAGUCUGCUCCCCUGCCAGGAGGGACGCUGGGGCAUCAGCAUCCUCCCGGGCUGCUCUCCUGCUGGCAGGGUGGGCUGGACAGGACCUGGUCCUGCCCAGGUGGCAGCACAGGUGCCAGGCCCGGUGGCUCGGCCUGCAUGGCAGAAAGCAGCCCCCCAGCAGCGGUAGUGCAGCACCGUGGGCAAGAUGCUCCCUCGUCUGUAGCCCUGGCAUUGCUGGGACGCAGGAAAGCGAGCUCCUGGCACAGUCCCUACAGCCCCACUGGCCCAUGCAAUGCCCCCUUGGCCUGGCGGGUGUCCCUGAAGGGCUGUGAUGCUGUCCCAGCACUGUCCAUGAGGAGCAGGACCGGAGGGGCGCUGCAUGGGAGCCGAGCUGGAAGUAAAGUGUGGUUUGCAUUUCCCAUGUUAAAUGUCUCUUGUUCUGCCUGGCCAAGGCAGUUGCUUUUGUACCCCCUGGACACUAGCGAGCUGCCUGGGAGCAAGGUAACCUGGUUGUGGGACCCUGACCUUCUCAGAGAGCCCUACAGCCCAUGGACAUAAAUCAUCUCCGUGGGAUGCUCCAGGGGCCACCAUGUGCUCUCGUUCGGGUGCCAGGGCUGGGAAGACCCAGGUAUGUGGGGGCAGGAUUGCUCUCUGUGCAUCGCAGUGCUGCCUCGCUCCUGCCGGGGGCGCUGUCUGCAACCGGGCACAGUUCCUGCCAUGGUUAGUGCUUUCCAAAGCACCAUUUCAAUGCGAGAUGGAGGAACCAACUGAAACGUUCAAGGG